AUGUACGACGUUUACGUGACCAAUAAUCAAACCGAAAAUGCCUAUGUGAGGUUGAAGGCUCAAGAACUUUCUUCUGUAAACCCAAAGUUUCAUCAAGAAUUACACUCGCUGGUGAGACAGGGCGAAAUGGAUAAAUCAUACAUUCAAACAUUCUUAGUACGAUGGGGUUUUCGCCUGAUUCCUCCUCGAGAGACAGUAUCAUUUGCAACUGUGGUUUGUAGUAGCAGUGGUGGAACCCUUAUGUACGCUUCUUUAUGUGUCCGGUCAGAAUUGUGGGCUAUGGAUGAAGAAGUCGAUUUCCACAAAUUUGGAUGCCUGUUUGUCAGAAGUUAUUAUACGCCGCCAACCGUGAACACAAAAGGUAGUUUUAGUUUUAGUUUUAGACAGGUUAAUCCUGAGCCAGUUUGGAUUGGGGCACAUGAUGGUGAUAAUAUUCCGACAAAUGCUAUCAAAUCAUCCAGCGGUUUGCAAGUAAAGUAUUUUGGUCGAUCUGUGCGUGGCGUGCCAUGUGGUGUGUCUGUUACCGCCAAUAAUAAGUGCAGCGGGUGGUAUUCGAAAACGGGGUACCAGCUCCCUAUGACAUCUGGUGAUAUCCUGCAAGCUACUGGCCAUCAGCUUUAUCGAGUUAAAAGUGGCGAUCCCAUACCUCCUAACGCCGUGAUUGUUGGAGUAAGUGGUACUGAAGGAUCACUUUACCUUGGAAGGGUUGGUGGUAAAAUUCCGUGCUCAGUCAGCUCAGAAGAAGGAAAAAUUAAAAAGUUUUUUUAUCGUACCGGAGCGAAAACACGUUUUGAAAGUUCGAGUGGUGAAAUCCUUGUUCUGACAAAAGACACUGCAGCUUAA